GCUAUGCAACGAGGGACAAAUAGAAAGAAGGAAAAGUCUUCAAUUGUUGUUCUGCUUCCUGAGACCGUGUUCCAUGGCAUGCUCUCUUUCUGCAACUCUUGUGUCAAAUUCUCUUCACCUUAACAGAAUCACAAGUCACUGUUGCUUGCAUCUUCAUCCCACCCUUUCACUGCACCAAAACCUUCCAAUAUAUUCCAAGAAUCUUCCCAAACUCUUAACAACUCAAAAUCAUGCAACGACCACACCCUUUGCUUCUGCCACUGCAGGAGUAGAGUCUCCCGUGUUGAGUGACGAUACCACAAGUUCUCUGGAUUCUGUAAAAGUGUUUGAUUUGGAAGGAAACAGGAUUCCAAUUUCUGACUUGUGGAAAGAUAGGAAAGCCGUUGUGGCCUUUGCACGCCACUUUGGGUGCGUGUUGUGCCGCAAAAGAGCUGAUUAUCUUGCAUCCAAGAAGGAUAUAAUGGAUGCAUCUGGUGUGGCACUUGUGUUGAUUGGACCUGGGAGCAUUGAUCAGGCCAAAUCCUUUGCAGAGCAAUCAAAAUUUCAAGGAGAAAUCUAUGCAGACCCCACACACUCGUCAUAUGAGGCCUUACAAUUUGUUUCUGGAGUUUUAACCACAUUUACCCCCAAUGCAGGUCUUAAGAUAAUACAGCUUUAUAGGGAAGGUUAUCGACAAGAUUGGAAGCUUUCAUUUGAAAAGGAUACUGUUACCAGAGGAGGCUGGAAACAAGGAGGAAUUAUAGUUGCAGGCCCGGGUAAAAAUAACAUCUCAUACCUUCACAAGGACAAAGAAGCGGGAGAUGACCCAGAAAUUGAAGAUAUCUUAAAAGCAUGUUGCUCGUGAAGAAAGAAAGAGAAGGAGCCCUUCUUUCUCUGCUUUAUUUAUCCUGCUUCCUGAAGUGUUAAUCAUAUCAAACAUACGGCAUCGUACAUCAUAUGUAAACUGCUUCUUAUGCUGAGUGGGUUUUCUUGAGUUUCGGUUAAAAAAUAACGUUAUUACCCGCAAUUUAUCCAAAGAUAACUCAAAGUUUGGAAUCUAAUACUAUGGGCUGUUUAACCGAGGAUUCUGUCGAUUA